AAAACAUUUCCCCUCUACAACGGUGCAUCGGUAUUUCGUAAACAACAAACCCAACACAACACACGACAAUGGAUGACCCACCCUACCUCACCGUGGGGACGGAGGUCUCUGCCAAAUAUAAGGGGGCAUUUUGUGAGGCAAAGAUAAGGAAGGUUGUUCGAGUAGUGAAAUGCAGGGUCCUUUUUAAAUCCGGCCUAGGUUCGUUCCUUAUCUCUGACGACCUUAUGAAAGGAACGCUACGAGUCGGCGCUACGGUGGAGGCAAAGCACCCUGAUCGUGGAUCUUAUAGUGAAGCAACAAUCUCUAAAAUUCAAGACUGUUCUCAAUACACAGUCGUCUUUGAUGACGGUGAUAUCACGACCUUGCGCCGGUCCGCACUUUGUCUCAAGUCAGGUCGUCAUUUUAACGAGAGUGAGACCUUGGACCAACUUCCACUAACACAUCCCGAGCAUUUCUCUAAUCCAGUUGUGGGAGGAAGAAGAGGGGUGAGGAGGAGGGUGGCAAAUGCGGAUGAUAAGGAUGACUCUUCUGACGAAGAAGUAGUAUCCACAUCUCCUAGUCGCGGAGGAAGGAAAAAAAUAGAACCCCACGAAAUAGAUUUUGGAAGAGUUGUCACGGUAGAAAUCUCUGAUAAAAAGAAGGGCUCCAGAGAUUCUUGGUUCCCGGCACUUGUAGUUUCACCAGCGGCGCAGGAAACGGUCAAAAUAAGAGUAAAAGAUGAAUGUCUUGUGAGAUCUUUUAAGGAUGGGAGAUACUACACGGUACCCAAAAAGGAAAUUACUGAAUUUACCAAGGAUCAACAACAUGGAAAAGGGGAGCCUAGUUCGUCAGGGUUGAAAUCUGCGGUUGACAAAGCUGUGUCGUAUUUGGAGAAGGAUGAACUUCCCCCACAUUGGGAUAGAGAUGCAUUAUUCGGAUCUAAUGGGAUGGGUGAUGACGAUGACGACGAUUCCGAUUCUGAGGGACCCGGCGAAGCCGUCCGAGAAAAGAAGGACAAUUUUGUUGCACAAUUAUAUAAAUUUAUGGAAGAACGCGCAACCCCAAUUAACAAGGCACCUACCGUUUGUAACAAAGAUCUAGACCUGCAUAAACUAUACUCUGUCGUUGUCGAUCAAGGUGGCUACUCCAAAGUGACAAAUGGUGGGCAGUGGAAGAAUAUCACGGGAAGAUUGGGCUUUGGUGCGAUUCCAUCCACUAGUACCAUCAAUUUGGUUAAACAAGCGUAUAAAAAAUAUCUCCUACACUUUGAAGAAAUUAAUAAAAAAUUAGGAUACAACAUUCACACUGCGGCUGUCUCGAAACCACGAAAUUCUCGAACGGUUUACCGACAAACGGGUACUCCUGUCCCACCUUCAGGCUCGUCAUCAGCUGCAGGGAGCAGUUCUUCUCUUACCAAAAAGGAGAAAGACCAACAAGAAGCAGCAGCAACGGCGGCGGCGGCUGCGUCGAAAGAUGCUCAAGUAGAUACAGCUGCUCAGGAAGAGAAGAGAUCUGCUGAAAAAGUUGUUGACAACGAACCUCCUCAGAAGAGAGACGACAUUGAACCGAGAAGGUCUCGAAGUCGUCAAGAUUCUUCGCGUUCGAGAAAGGAGCCAGCUACAACCAAAAAUACAGAGAAGGAAGUCGAGGAAGAGAAAGAGCUAAAGAAACGUGGCAAAUCAUCCGCACGAGACAAGGAUACCAAAGAGAAAGAAUUAACGUCAUCUGUUUCAAUUAAACAGCAACGUGACCGUGCUCCUAUUGAACCAGAAGACGGACCCCCUUCACCAGCACCUUCUUCUCAAGGUUCCUCUAAAAGCAAGCAACAGCAACCGACUCCAAGUACUGGAGGGCGGGGACCAAGUCAGCGAAAGAGCAAAAAAGAAAUUGCUGCCGCUGCUGCAUCAAGUAAAGAAGCAGCUAGUGUUGAAGUCCCUGUCGUUAAAUCAUCUACAGUCGAGCACAAAGUGGACGAACAAGUUCUGCCAGGUUUGAUUGGGAACGAGGUCAAUAUUCAGACGGGCGACAAACUUUCUGUUAUUUAUCCCAAGGGAGAUCAUAAUGUGACAUACGAUGCAAAGGUCGUCGACGUCAAGGAGGUUACAGGUACCUAUUUUGUCCACUAUUUGGGCUGGAAUACUCGCUACGAUGAAUGGAUUUCACGUGAAAGAAUUGCUGAAAAUCUGAGUUUGAGGGAAAACUAUCAAAGCAAAGCUCAAGGAAAAGGUCCUGGUGCACCACCGUCUUCUCACAUGGGAGAUGAGGAUAAAGGAGGAAAAGGCAAGAAACGCGGACGAAGUGUGACCCCAUCCGCACCAACUCCACCUCCUACUUCGUCAUCAACAGGGACGCGAAGUAAGACUGCAUCCGCAGCAGCCAAUGCACCAAGUCCUACUCCAUCGAAUAGUAGCAGUGUUAAAAGGAAACGCCUCUCCACUUCAGAAAGAAGUACUGCGAGUGAUGAACCGGUCACAGCUACUGCUGUUGGAAAAAAGAAGACUAAACGAAGUUAUAAAAAGGGCGAGAAAUCUGAUGCUACAUCCGAUUCGGAGUCAGAACAAGAGAAAGUUGCCGUCCCUCCACCUCCACCACCCCCAAUACGAACCCCAACUCCGACCCGGUCAAAGGCGAAUAAGGAUAAGAAACAGGCACCCUUACCACCGACUCUCCUUCCACCAACACCAGAGAAUAUCAAACCCUCGGGUGAUGUUCCUGCACGAGGUGCUCCAAGAAAGGAGCAACACGCCACCACACCAGAUACUUCCUCAUCCACCAGGCCAGAGUCAAAGAGCUCUGAUAAGCUUUUGAAGACUGGGGUGGCUACUCAAGCAAAAACAUUAUCGUCGUCCACUCCAGGAACAACAGGAAAUACGGCUCCCAAAGUUUCUAUAUCUCCACCGAAUCUGGUUACGGGAGGGGGUACUACGAGUGGAGAACAAAAAUUGGAUAUUUACGAAUUUGAGGAAGAUACAAGUGAAACAGCACCAAAACUGAAAAUGUUUUCACCACGCAGUCCAGACAAAAAGGAUGACAAUAAGGACGAGAAAGAAAAGGAGAAGGCGGUCGUUACGACUACACCACCAACAUCAUCAGUUGGUGUCAUGCUUACUCCAGUUACCGGUGCAUCAAAAGGGAAGGCGGCUCUUAAUCUUAUUGCCACUACUGCAUCAACAACACCGCAGACAAUUACAACAACCAGUUCGGUUGGAGCAGCUAUUCCUUCUCAGAUUGCAAUUUCGAAGCAACCUACCGUUUCUGGAGUCGUCCCUCCACAACCUCUCCACAUUCCCAUUAUUACGUCGCACCCACCACCCUUGACGGUUGGGAGGAGUCCACCCAGAGCGAGUGGUGGGAGGGCUGUACAAACACCACCUCAUCCUACUCCUCAGCAACAACAACAACACAGGCGAAGAGGACCAGCCCCACCAGUGGUGAUGGGCGUUGGGCCAAUGCCAAGAUUAGUUGGGCCCCCAACCUCGACCACGACACCACAUGUGGCACCGAUUUAUUCUGCCCUUACAGUGACCAGUGGAUCCGGUUCAGUUCCGAUACACUCACCCAUUGUGGUUCCACGCCCGGGAGUUGGAACGUUACUAUCGCCAUAUGUAAGCAUGACGAGAACUCCGGUCACGUCGUCAGGUACGCGACAGUCAUCUGUUGUAGUAGCCCCAACUGUAUCAAGUUCCUCUUUAACUCCCGGAGGAAUGACGCCUAUUACUUCGACACUGACGACGUCAAAGCCAGUAAUACAUCCAAGCCAACCAGGACAGUAUCCUCUUAAGCAGGAAGGGUUCUCCCAAAUGGGACAGCAACAGAAACCGGUCGUAGCACGGGACAUGCACGGUGAUCCACACCACUCAACUCCAACAAUCGCAGUGACAUCUCAACAACAUCCCAUUCCUGCAACCCCUGAUGCUAAGAAAAAGCGACCGCAACCACGCACCCCGUCGAAACCGAGACAACCGCCUUCUGUUGACUCACCAGAGCAAAAACGGAAACCUGCUGCUACGCCGAAAGAGAAGGAAGCUACGCCACCAAAACCAAAAAAGAGACGUGGAGAAUCUCCUCCGAAAGGUCCACCUCGAACUAUUCCAAGCAUAACUGGCCCACCACCAUCAAAGAUGCAAAAAAUUGCCUCUACUCCUGGUCCACAGCAGCAGCAACAACACAACCAAUACCACCAAGCUACUACUACUGCUACUCCUAUUACUACCAUUACUACUACUACUACUCAAAUAUUGGAACGUAGCAGUAGCACUACUCCUAGAAUAAACAAGGAAACAAUUCCCAAACCACAACAAGCACAAACAAUUCUACCAGCCCCCGGUCACGUUGCCAUCACAAAAAUCAACGAAACCAUUUCUACUCUAAUGCAUAAAACUGGUCCAAUUCAAGUACCAGUAUCAACAGGUUCAACAGUUGCGCCAGCUCCUACUUCCUCUGUUAUGCCCCCUGUGAUUUCAAUUCCUACCGCACACAAGAAAGAAGCUGUUCUGCCACCAGCACCACAGAUCAAAGGAAAACCUCAACACGUUGAACUGGUCAUUCCGUCAACAACUCAGCAGGACAAAAUUUCAUCUAGUGGUGUAAAAGGAGCUGGAGCAACGGGUCCAGUGCAGAAAGGUGAUCAAAAACCACCACUAUCUUCUUCUCAACCACAUGUUGCGGCCGUUAUUCCAUCACAAAAGCCUGCAGCCGUCCCUUCUGUUAGCAUACCAACUAUUCCUUCCACCGUGACGCAACAGCAACACCUUCCUGUCGAACACGGUAAAAUUAAACCAUCUCCCCAGCCUAGGCAAAUUCAUGACGUGACCAAACCUACAAUAACUGUCGCUCUACAACAACCACCACCGCCACCACUAGCACCAGCACCAGAGAAAGCUAAAGAGAAACCAAUCAAACCAGAACGAAAGGUUGGUUCCAAGUUGGUGAAAGACGUGGUUGACACUCACCAGCAAUCUUCUCGACCACUCACCCCAUCGUUUCUCCAAUCACAAGAAGUACUUGAACCAGAAGAGGACGAUGAAUCAGAGAAAGUUACCACCACGGGCGGUGGUGGAAACAUAAGUAGGAACAGUUCGCAGAUUUCAUACACCCUCUCCGCCAAAGCAGUCCUGCUUCCGGUCAGCAUUAAAGAUUCUGCGGAAGAAUCGUGCAGUUCACUCUUGUGUGAGGAGGAAAUUCCAGGAAGUCCAGCCCCUGAUCGCGACGCUAGUAGCAAGUUUGACUUUUCUCGUGGACUUGGCAAGCGUGACGAUGAUGAUGACGAAGAUGAUGAAGAUGACGAGGAGGACGAGGAGGAUGAAGACGAAGAAGAGGACGAAGAGCAAGAUAAGAAAAAGAAACGUGUCGCUUCAUCUAGACCAACUCUGCUUCCAAAGAAAGGAUCACAAAUGGACAAUAAUAAUAAGCCAAGACUGGUUGUGGAACGAAGUGAGAGUUUGGUCGUAAUGCAUGAUUCGCCCCCAUCAUCGCCCGAUUCGGCUUCGUUCUCAACAGAGACGGGAUCCCCACAUGUGCCGCUCGGCGAAAUGGAAGAGGAAGACAAGUCAAAAGAAAGCAGCGAUAAUGAUAGUGUCAAUUCCAAAAGUUAUUACAGUGGAAGUCCAGGUGUCCCAUCGCGCAAAACGAGUAAAACAGAUACACCCACGUCAUCUAAAAUGUCUUCUCGAAAUAGUCGGCCACAUCUCCCAAUGUCCAGUCCGCUUGGAAAGAAAAGGAGAAUGAUAAGGAAAAAGAGUCCUACAGAUGAUUACGCCAGACAAUUUGGAUACAGAGGAAUACGAUCGAGUAGUGGGAGAAAAAUUCAGUCUUCAAUUGAUGUCCAUGAAGCCAUUCGUGGUCCUCCUCCACCUCCUGUGAAUUUGGCAAAGAAACCACAUUCAGAGAAAUUUAAUCACUUGUAUGCAAAUUUUGAUGGUGUCACUGAUCCCGAAGACCGGAUCGCUUUGGUUGUAAAAUCUAUGCAAGACAUUCGUGAAGAGUGGAUGAAAGUGAAGGGAAGGAUUCAAGUGAGGGAGAGAAAGGAACGCAAGAAGAAGCGAAAGGCUAGAGAAAAGGCCACAGCCGAGCGACAAGCGAGACUUGAGGCAGCCAAGACGCUGGCCAGUCAAAGUCAACCACAAGUGGGGGGAGUUGGUGGUGGAGCUACUGUGGCUGUUGGUGCGACCACAGGAGGAGGAAGCACUUCUUGAACUGACUAUAGGAAACUUGAUUGGUCUCAAUUUCUCCAUUUAAUAUUAAUUUUUGAUAAUUCCAGUAUAAAUGACCGUUCAAUACAUUACAUUAGUCCUUGUUAUUUUUUUCUUGGACAUUGUUGGACGACGUUGGUCAUUAUAAUUUAAGACUUUAACAAUAAUAAAAGUAAUAAUACUAGUUAUUUUUCUCACACUACUAUUGUAAAUUAUAAAAUAUUGGGGUAUGGUAUAUGUGGAAAUAAAAUUUAAGUAAGUA